CUGCGGCGGCACUACCUGGGAAGAAGAGAAUUUAUCCAAAGGUUAAAACUUGAAGCAACGCUGAAUGUACAUGAUGGCUGUGUGAAUACAAUUUGCUGGAAUGAUACAGGAGAAUAUAUUUUAUCAGGUUCAGAUGACACCAACCUGGUUAUUAGUAACCCCUACAGCAGAAAGGUUUUAACAACCAUCCGCUCAGGACACAGAGCUAAUAUUUUUAGUGCAAAAUUCUUACCAUGCACCAAUGACAAACAGAUUGUGUCCUGUUCUGGAGAUGGAGUAAUUUUUUAUACUAACGUUGAGCAAGAUGCCGAGACCAACAGGCAGUGCCAGUAUACGUGCCACUAUGGAACUACCUAUGAGAUUAUGACAGUACCAAAUGAUCCCUAUACUUUUCUCUCUUGUGGUGAGGAUGGCACUGUAAGGUGGUUUGAUACUCGAAUCAAGACAAGUUGCACAAAAGAAGAUUGCAAAGAUGAUAUUUUAAUAAACUGCCGGCGUGCUGCCACUUCUGUAGCCAUCUGUCCACCAAUACCAUAUUACCUUGCUGUGGGCUGCUCUGAUAGCUCAGUAAGAAUAUAUGAUCGGCGAAUGCUUGGCACGAGAGCAACUGGUAAUUAUGCUGGCCGGGGCACAGUUGGAAUGGUUGCACGUUUUGUUCCUCCACACCUUAAUAACAAAUCCUGCAGGGUAACAUCUUUAUGCUACAGCGAUGAUGGUCAGGAGAUCCUUGUUAGCUAUUCUUCAGAUUACAUAUACUUAUUUGAUCCCAAGGAUGACACAGCAAGAGAACUUAAAGUUCCUUCUGCUGAAGAGAGAAGAGAAGAGUUGCGGCAGCCUCCUGUUAAACGACUGCGAUUAAGAGGUGAUUGGUCAGAUACAGGACCGAGAGCAAGGCCUGAGAGUGAACGCGAAAGAGAUGGGGAGCAAAGUCCUAACGUCUCGCUAAUGCAGAGGAUGUCAGACAUGCUGUCAAGAUGGUUUGAAGAAGCUAGUGAAGUUGCUCAGAGCAACCGAGGGCGUGGAAGAUCUCGAUCAAGAGGUGGGGCCAGUCGUCCAGAUGCCCCUGUUACUAGCAGUGUGCCACCAAGGGGUGAGUCGGAGACUGCAAUGGAAGUAGAUGGUCCUGAACAACCUCCAUCGUCAUCUUCCUCUACCAUGUCAGCCCAAGCUCCUUCAACAUCUUCCUCAAUGGAAAGCCCACCCUCAACCUCUUUACUGUCAUCUCCUGACAACGAACAAAGGCUGUCUUUGGAGGCCUCUGCUCAACCUACGCUCCAUCAGUCUGAAUUAAUGGCACCUGAGUUAGCUAUACUUCGUAGGGGUCUGCAGCGGCUGAGGCUUAAGAAGGCCGAACAACAGAGACAGCGAGAGCUAGCUGAGGGUUCAGCACCACAGUCUUCCAGCUCUGAUCAGUCUUCCAGUAAGGGCUCCUCACAGGACCCUCAGACUUCAGAGCUCUUCCAAAUAUCUGCCCUCAACUUCCUUUGGAACUUGAAGAUUUUUACAAAAAACAAAGGUCCAACAUAUUUUUAUUCUCCCUCUUCUGUGGUUAACAAACAGCUUGGAUCCAUGUCACUUGAUGAGCAACAGGAGAGUGAAAAGCCACGCACAGGAACAGGUGAACCAGUUUUAAGUUUGCACUACAGUACAGAAGGAACAACUACAAGCACAAUAAAAUUGGACUUUACUGAUGAGUGGAGCAGUACGACUUCCAGCUCUAGAGGGAGUGGGAGUCACUGCAAACCUGACAGUCAGGAAGAAUCUCUAAGAACAAAAAGCUCAGAACAGUCAACACCAGAGAAUGAAGAAACAAGAAUUCCUGAAGAAUCACAAAAUGAAGUCACAGGUGCUGAGGAGUUGAAAUCUGCAAAUGAAAUUGCAGCAAGAGCAGAAGCAGCUUUAUCAGAUAAUGUACCUGAGCAUCCUGGAACCAGCACAGAAGGAGAAAAUGGCCCUGACAUUGAAAGUACCAGCAGGAACCCAGAGGAAGGACCUUCAUGUGAAAAAAGUGAAGAGCAAGAGAUUUCAGGUCAACAAAGUACAGAAUCCACUGCCAACUCAAAUAACACAAACCGUGAACCUCAACUACAGCCAGAAUCCUCAGGGCUUGCAACUCAAGAAGAAUCAUCCACUAGGGGAACUGCUUUCCAAGAAACGGAUGAUAGUGAUGAUGACCCUGUCUUAAUACCUGGUGCAAGGUAUCGAGGAGGACCAGGACACAGAUUUAAUAUCAGAGGAACAGCGAUAGGUGAUAGAAUAAUGAGACGAUCUGCUGUUGCCCGCAUUCAGGAACUGUUCAGAAGGAGAAAAGAAAGGAAAGAAAUGGAAGAACUGGAAACACUGAAUAUUAGACGUCCUUUAAUAAAGAUGGUUUAUAAGGGUCAUCGGAACUCCCGAACAAUGAUAAAGGAAGCCAACUUUUGGGGCUCUAACUUUGUAAUGAGUGGUUCAGAUUGUGGCCAUAUCUUCAUUUGGGAUCGGCAUACGGCUGAGCAUCUCAUGCUUCUGGAAGCUGAUAAUCAUGUGGUGAAUUGUCUUCAGCCUCAUCCAUUUGACCCGAUUCUUGCUUCAUCGGGUAUUGAUUAUGAUAUAAAAAUCUGGUCACCACUAGAAGAGUCCAAGAUUUUUAACCGAAAGCUUGCAGAUGAGGUUAUAACUCGUAAUGAAUUAAUGCUGGAAGAGACGAGAAACACUAUUACUGUUCCAGCUUCUUUCAUGUUACGAAUGUUGGCAUCGUUGAAUCAUAUAAGAGCAGACCGAUUGGAGGGUGACAGGUCAGAAGGAUCUGGUCAGGAAAAUGAAAAUGAAGAUGAAGAGUAACUGUCUCUUCUGCGUGACCACCUAGACGUUAAGGAAUUUGUAUAAGACAUUAAUUAUAUUUUUCCUUACAGAGCUUUAGUGCAAUUUUAAGGUAUUGCUUUUGGAUAACCUAACAUUUUGUUUUUGAACGAUUGUGUGCAUGACUCUGGGGGGAGAGUGCAAGUAAAAUAAGCAGAAAUGUUUUUAAAAUGUUUUGGCAUGUAUGAGGGGUGCUAGAAGAUGCAAAGUGCAAUAUUUUCCUUAACUUGCAAACGUGGGAGCUUGGAUCAAUGUUUAAAAAUAACUUUCAUUAUAGUAAGAAAAAACGUUGGUUCAAAUAAAUUUCUAUACCUGCUAUCUGCAUGUUUGUUGCUUUCUAAUUAAAAAGAUUUGGUUGUUUAAAAUUC